UGUUGUGUUUAUAUGUUGUGAGUCAUUUGGAAACCGUGAUAAAACCUCAGAAUUGAAACAAAAUUUAGUCUGCCACCGAAAUUACAAGUAUCAACAUGUCUCUGGUUACGGAUGAAGAAUGGGUGGAGUACAAGUCCAAGUUCGACAAGAGCUACGAAGCGGAGGAGGAUCAGCUGCGUCGGGAAUUGUAUGCAAAGGCCAAGGCCCGGAUUGAUGAGCACAAUCGCAAGUUCGAGAAGGGAGAAGUGACUUGGAAAAUGGGAAUUAACCAUUUAGCCGACCUUACCCCGGAAGAAUUUGCCCAGCGUUGUGGCGGUAAAAAGCCGCCAAAUUAAAUUCCAGAAUCUCCACUAUUUCUUAUUUUAAACAGUGAUUUUUAAAAGACAGAAUCUCUGUAUUUCUAUAAAUACGCAUUUAUAUGUUUUGAAUGUUUUUUACCCACCCCCAAAUAAACAAUAAAUCAGCUGUUUUGUACAUUUAAAA